CGCUGUCCGAUAGGUAAAAUCGUCAAGAAACGACUAGAACGCCCGCAAUUUCGUUUGUGUUUUAGCAGGACCCUUUUGAUUACUCGGGCGACUACGAUCUGGGCCCCACCCAGAUCACCGGCAUGUGCGACAGGAGCUGGGUCAGGCAGUUCCGAGGCUGGUACGAGCCCCCCCUCUUCUGGAUCAUCUUUGUGCUGGGCGCCGUGGGCAACCUGAUGGUGGUCUGGAUCUACACCACCGUGCGCAACCGCCUGAAGACCAUGACGGACGUCUACCUGCUCAACCUGGCCGUGGCCGACCUCCUCUUCCUGUGCACGCUGCCCUUCUGGGCCGCCGAUGCCAUUAAAGGUUGGGGGUUCGGCGGGGGUCUCUGCAAGACGGUGUCUGCCGUGUACAAGAUCAACUUCUUCAGCAGCACCUUCCUCCUGACGUGCAUCAGCGUGGACCGCUACAUCUCCAUCGUGCAGGUCACCAAGGCCCAGAACUGGAAGGAGAAGCGUCUGUUUUACAGUAAACUGGCCUGCGUGGCGGUGUGGCUGGUCUCCACUCUCUUCGCCCUGCCCGAGUUUCUUUUCGCCCACGUGAAGACAGACCUGAACGGGUCGUCCUUCUGCGUGCUGGUCUACUGGAACAACGCAAACAAUCGCACCAAGAUCCUGGUGCUCGCCCUGCAGAUCUGCGUGGGCUUCGUCCUUCCUGUCCUCAUCAUGAUCUUUUGCUACUCGGUCAUCAUCCGCACGCUUCUCCAGGCCAGGAGCUUCGAGAAGCACAAGGCCCUGCGCGUCAUCUUCAUCGUGGUUUUUGUGUUCCUGGCUUCGCAGCUGCCAUAUAACGGCCUCCUGAUGGUGGAGGCCUCGCAGGCCGCCAACGCCACCAUCACAGACUGCGGCGUGGUCAAGCGCUUCGACGUGGCCGGACAGGUGGCCAAGAGCCUGGCUUACAUUCAUGCUUGCCUCAACCCCUUCUUGUACGUCUUUGUCGGGGUGCGCUUCAGGCAGGACCUGAUGAAGUUGUUGCGGUCGUGCACCCGAGGACCCGGCAGAGGCGGGAUCGCCAAAUUCCAGGCGGUUCCCAAGCGGCCAUCGGUUGGGACGGACACGGAAACCACACCGGCUCUUUCAUUAUGAACAUUAUCAUCCAUCAUUUUUCUGGAGGAUUGUCUGUAUGUCCUCACUAGCGUCACAGUUGAGGUGGAGCCGAGCCAGCCCACAAAGGCGGUUGUGCACGG